AUGGCCACCAAGCCCACUACCACCCCACCCCUUCAGUAUCACCAUCAGCACCUCCACCUCGGAGGCCCACCCCCUCGCGUCUGCCCUGUGACUGCAAACCUCCUAUGUACGCGCAUGGGCGGAGGAUACUGCCGCUGUGCGCUGCGGCUGCCGUUUGUACUCUGGCUCUAAAUUCCUCUUUUUUGUUGUUUUUUGUGUUUUUAAACGAAAAUGGCGUCCAGUCAAGGAGGUGUGGGAGCUGUCACGGCUCUCCAAACCCAUCAUUGCUCACCUCAUUGGAGCCCGGGUAACAGCCAGUACCAGCAGCAGCAGCAGCAGCACCAGUACCAGCAACACCAACAGCAGCAGCAGCAGCAGCAGCACCACACGGCCCGCAGCCUGGAAAGGGCUCUGGAUGAUGCCGUGUGCUCGGGGAUUCUCAACCUGAGCGGGAGGAAGCUGAGGGAGUACCCGGGGGUGAGCUACGACCUCACGGAUACAACACAAGCAGAUCUUUCCAAGAAUCGUCUUUCAGAAGUCCCUCCAGAAGUGUGUCUCUUCGCCCCCCUCGAAUCCCUCAAUCUCUAUCACAAUUGUAUCAAAUGCAUCCCAGAAGCCAUCAUCAACCUACAGAUGCUGACUUAUCUUGACAUCAGCCGGAAUCUCAUUUCCAUUUUGCCCAAACACCUGUUCAACCUCCCCCUCAAAGUUCUACUUGUGAGCAACAAUAAGCUAGUGUCCAUCCCGGAAGAGAUCGGCAAAGCCAAAGAACUGAUGGAACUAGAUGUCAGCUGUAAUGAGAUCCAGGUGUUGCCUGCUCAGGUGGGGUGUCUCCAAGCCUUACGAGAACUAAACAUUCGGAAAAAUUGUCUGCAGAUGCUACCUGAAGAGUUGGCUGACCUUCCUCUCAUUCGACUUGACUUCUCCUGCAAUAAGAUCACAGAGAUUCCAGCAGCUUACAGGAAACUCAGGCAACUGCAGCACAUCAUUCUAGACAACAAUCCUAUGCAGUCUCCUCCAGCACAGAUUUGUCUCAAGGGCAAAGUGCAUAUAUUUAAGUACCUGAACAUCCAAGCGUGCAGGUUGGAUAAGAAGCCAGACACCCUGGACCUCCCUUCUCUUGGCAAACGUUGCCUUCCACAGCCUCUCACAGACAGCAUGGAAGACUUUUAUCCAAGUAAGAACCAUGGGCCAGACUCUGGAAUUGGGAGUGACAAUGGUGACAAGAGGCUGUCUACCACAGAGCCUUCAGACGACGACACCGUCAGCCUCCAUUCUCAGGUGUCUGAGACAGCUCGUGCCGACGCCCUCUCACUCCUUUCCAAAAUGGACUCUUGCAAAGAUCAGGAUCUGUAUGACUUUAUAGAACCCAACCCGGAUGAGGAUCCUGCUCUGUCAGAGUGUGAUGGACAGCAGAACUGUCAUGUGUCGUGUAUUAAGGAACUGGAAAAAGUUCUUAACUUAUCUCACCAAAGCAAAGACAAAGAGAGCUGGAAAGAGGAGUCGGGCUCGGACAAGGAGCAGCUCCUUGAGGAGGAGGAUGACGAGCUGAAGGAGGUGUUGGAUCUGAGGAAGAUUGCCGUUCAACUUUUGCAGCAGGAGCAGCAGAACAGACGACGGUCAUUAAUAUGCAGAGCUGAAAGUCUCAUUCAUCGUCGCAGAGUGACAGGCCGAGCUCACAGAUUCCUCAGUCACUCUGGGAGCUCCGGCAGCAAAGCCAGACCCCCUCCUCAGCCUCGUAGUGCUUCCUUGGAUGAGGGAAGCAGCGGGGCAUCAGUGCUCAGUGGACAGCCUUCGUCAUCCUGCUCCUUUGAUGGCAGCCUGAAGUCGGACCAGUCAGAUUCAGAGUCCAAAUGGCCUGACGUCCCGCCUGUUCUCAAUCAAAAUGAAGAUCGUAAGAGGAACAAAUACCUGAGAAAAGAUUAUCUCAAGUACAAAUGCCAGAGUGCUCGGAAAAGCUGCAGUGGGAAUGACGACUGUGAGGAGAGCUUGCGGAACUCUGAUUUUAGCACGACUCUGACUGUCUUUGGACUCAAACCAAGAUCAGCCUUCACCCGAGGAAGUCAUCAGGAGUUCAGCUCAACGGAACCCAGCUUCACUAUGAGGAGAAAAAUGGAGCAUUUAAGAGAGGAAAUUGAGCAGAUAGGACUCCUACGACAGAACAUUGAGUCCAGACUGAAGGUGUUGCUUCCCGACGACGUUGGAGCCGCCCUGAUGGAUGGAGUGGUCCUUUGUCAUUUAGCCAAUCACAUUUGUCCUCGCUCUGUGUCCAGCAUCCACGUACCAUCACCUGCAGUGCCAAAGCUUAGCAUGGCGAAAUGCCGUAGGAAUGUGGAGAACUUCUUGGAUGCCUGUAAGAAAAUGGGAGUCCCACAGGACCAGCUGUGUCUCCCCCAUCACAUCCUAGAAGAGCGCGGCCUGGUGAAGGUGGGCGAGACCGUGCAGGCUCUGCUGGAUCUCCCCGCUAUGAAGCCCACGCAACUGUCAGCUGCUUAACCCAUCUGAACCCACACUUUCACUUUCAUCAGGGACCAGAGAACCCCUCUUCCCACCCACCUCAGAGGGCGAGGACCCGGUGGCUUGUGGGUCUUUAGGUGUCUGCUUGUGCCUGACUGAAACAGUGGAGGAGAAGGUGAAAGUCUCUCUCUGUGUAUGAUGUCAGACGCGUCCUGUCCAUCACAAUUUGGACUUUUUCCUACUUUGCGGGGCCAUUAUGUUGUGUAUAUGAGAGGAUGUCCCCCACCGGGACUGUUUGGACAAGUAAUUGGGUCCCUCUUUCAAUGCUCAUUGGAUACUGAGCUCCUACAAGUGCCGGCCCCUAAGCAGCUCUCUGUUGUUUUGCAUCAGGUCCCGACUGUACAUCCUUUCUACUCAACACAGCUAACCUAUCUGCCAAUUUUGAGCGCUCUACUGUUAUAAAACUUUGCCUUUUCAAAUGCAUGACGACUGCAUUUGUUGUUCAAGUCAUGCCAUCGCAAACCUUCUGUAAACUAGUGUACAAAUGACUGUAUAUGACCACUGUGAUGACAUGCAACCCACUGUGGUUUAAGAGCAUUUUUUCUUUUUUUUGCAUUGA